CAGUCUUCUGCUCUUCUUCACAGAUACCUCAGAAAAGAAAGUGAGAUGAUAUGAACUUCUUGCCUCUCCUUUUCUUCUUCAAUUUAAUCGAUGGAGUUUUUCUUUUGUAUAAUGAGCAGAAGUAGUAUUUCUGCAACUGGACUUGACAAUUAACAGUGUACCUCUCUUCUUCUUCUUUGAAGAUGUCAAUUCAACAAGCUGAACGUAACCCUUCUUCCCUUCUGGAUUCUCUGUAUUGUGAAGAGGAGAGAUGGGAAGAUGGAGAAGGGGAAGAUGAAGCAGAGGAGGUUUUAGAGGAGGAGAACCCUAGAAGCUAUAGCAAUGGCGGUGGCUCAUUCUUCCAACUUUUCCUGUUGGAGCAGGAUUUGUUCUGGGAAGAUGAGGAGCUUCUUUCUCUGUUCUCCAAGGAACAGGGGAACCAUCUGAAUCAGUACAAUCUGGAAAUUGAUGGUUCUCUGUCUUUGGCUCGUGCUGAAGCUGUGGAGUGGAUGCUGAAGGUCAAUGCCCAUUAUGGGUUCACCACCCCCACGGCUGUUUUGGCCAUCAAUUAUCUGGACAGGUUCCUGUCUGGGCUCCAUUUUCAAAGGGACAUGCCAUGGAUGAUCCAGCUUGUGGCUGUGACUUGUCUUUCUUUGGCUGCCAAAAUUGAAGAGAUCCAAGUGCCUCUUCUACUAGAUCUUCAAGUGGAGGAAACAAAGUAUGUGUUUGAGGCCAAAACCAUCCAAAGAAUGGAGCUUUUGGUUCUGUCUUCCCUUCAAUGGAAGAUGCAUCCGGUGACCCCUCUUUCCUUCCUCGAUCACAUCAUACGGAGGCUUGGCUUGAAAACCCAUCUCCACUGGGAGUUUCUCCAGCGGUGUGAGCGUCUCCUCCUCUCUGUAGUCUCGGAUUCAAGAUCCGUUCGUUUUCUCCCCUCUGUAUUGGCCACUGCAACUAUGAUGCACGUUAUAGAACAAGUCGACCCUUCCCACUCCAUUGACUACCAAAACCAACUUCUGGGUGUUCUUAAAAUAAGCAAGGAACAAGUAAAUGAGUGUUACAAGCUCAUUCUGGACUUGUCAAGACCCCAGAAGCGCAAAUACUGCAAGAUUUCAGUUGCUAGAAGUCCCAGUGGGGUUAUCAAUGCUAUGUUUAGCAGUGACAGCUCAAAUGACUCAUUGGCUGUGGAGUCACCGCCGGAGCCUGUGUUUAAGAAGAAUAGAGGCAGUGGAAGGCAGGAACAGGGGAUGCAUUUGCCACCACCAUCACUUAACCGGGUUUUUGUGGGCAUCGUUGGCAGCCCUCCUUGAGUCCCAUAAAGAAGACCCAUAUUUAUUACUAGUUAACUAGUUAAUGUGGUUAUGUCUCUUUUUUAUGCUGCCUUUGACAAUCUCUGCAAUUCCAAGGAGGCCCAAGAGGAGAUGGUUCGGUGUGGCAUUUCAUCAAAACAGGUAGAGACGGGACUGGGAAGAAGAAUUAGUACAAGCAAGUUGCUAAGUCUUCCAUCUGUCUUUUCAGGGAAAGUUGUUUAAAAAUAUGGGACAAAAUCGUAUUAUUAUAUUAUUACAAUAAAAUAAAAUCGAAAAAUGAAA